AUGAUAGCCGCGGGAGAAGCAAGAGUCGCAGCCCCCGUGGAGGGCCCCGCGCGCCAAGCCACAGCCAGCAAAGCCAGCGCCGCCGCGGCCGCCGACAGCGCCGCCGCCCUGGCCAGAGCGCGCUGCUCGCGCGGCGCGCGCCGCGCCCGCGCGGGGGCGAUCACUCCUGGCUCGCAGUCGCUCUCGAGGGGGCUCUGGAGCAGCACGAACUGGCUCCUGUCCGCGCGCAUGGCGGGCGAACGAUCGAGCUGCAGCAGGCGCUUGUCGGGUGGGAGCGCGGGCCCCAGGCCUGGAGUCAAAAUGACUUGA